AUGGCUCUGACAUGUGGAGAACAGUGCCUUCGAAUUCUGCUCGUUGUUUGCAAUCUCUUCGUCUUUUUGUUUGGAUGCAUUUGCACGGGAUUCGCGGCGUACACGUUGGCUAAAGUUAAGGAAUAUACAAACGAUCAAUGGGCCAUCGUCAUUCCUGCCUUUAUCCUAGCCUUGGUUCUGUUAAUACUUCUUCUUGGCUUUCUGGGGUGCUGUGGGGCUUGGAAACUCAAUUCAUGCUGUCUAAAAACGUACGCAGCUAUUAUCACAGUACUGAUCAUCAUUGAGGUCAUCUGUGGAAUUCUAAUACUAGUCUACCACGACAAGGGUAAAGACUUCAUUGUCAGGUUCUUGAAGGAAUGCAUUAGAGACGCUGAAAUUCCAGGCAACAUAGAAAUGGAAGAUAUGAUGCGAAAUCUGCAGGAAAAGUUUGAGUGUUGUGGUGCAGCUGGGCCUAUGGAUUGGUCAAAUCCAACCAAAUACUGCGAUAGGCACGGCGGUCUCAUUUCCAACGUAUCGUCUAUUUUUAAACGGGGUUGCGCGGACGCCAUCUACGAGUACCUGCGAAGCCAUGCGAUCGUGGUUGGAGUGACAGCUAUAGUACUUUCCAUCAUUGAAAUUGGGGCUGUCUUUGCUGCAUGUUGUUUGGCUGGCAAGCGGAGUGCCUAA